CCAGUAUAUGAAGCUCCAUUCCAGCCACUCGUUUAUCUUAUCUCUAACAGUAAAAAAAAAAAAAACACUAGACGAAUAGAGAGUAAACUCAAGCUGCUCUCUACAUCACCAGCAGACAAUGGUCAAACUAAUCUCAGUUGUCCUCAUCUCUGUCUUCUUCUCCAUAAUUUGUACAUCUCUGUCCAAUCCACAACCCCAUCGCGCAUUUAACCCUAAAUCCAUUCAGGGAUCAACUGCAAAUGCAAGAAGCUGUUCUUACAGUGUUGUCAUAAAGACCAGCUGUUCCUCUUCCUCCUUCACCAGAGACCACAUCAGUCUCGCAUUCGGUGAUUCCUAUGCUCACGAGGUGUACGUGAAGAGGCUCGAUGAUUCAUCAUCAGGAACAUUUGAGAGAUGCUCAACUGAUACAUUCCAGAUAAAUGGACCAUGCGUACAUGAUAUAUGCUAUCUUAAUCUGCUUAGGAAAGGAUCUGACGGUUGGAAACCUGAGACUGUGAAGAUCAACGGUCCGAGUACCAAACCUGUUAACUUCAAAUUCAAUACCUUCCUUCCAAAUGGAGUGUGGUUUGGGUUUAAGCUGUGCAGUCAUGUGUAAUGUCACCUUUUCUACCAUAACGUGGAUGAUGGUUAAUGUACUUGAGCUUUUUGUUGGAGUCAUUUUGUUUUGUAUUGCAUAUUUGCAUAUACUCUUUUGUUUUUCAUGUUAAUUGUUACAUCAGGCUGUUUUCUUUCA